UUCCAGGCCCCCCCAGCUGUCAGCUCCCUUCCCUGAGUUCCCCUCCCUGCCCCCGGUGCCAUGGCGUCCAGCGAGGAGGACGGCACAGUUGAGGAGAAGGAAAACAACAACAAGAAGAGAACGAAAAGCGCCCUCGUAACCGCAUGGCUUACUUUCUACAACAUCGCCAUGACCGCCGGGUGGCUGGUUUUGGCCAUAACAAUGAUUCGCUUCUACAUCCUGAAAGGAACACACAAGGGUCUCUACAGAAGUAUAGCAAGGACACUUAAGUUUUUCCAGACCUUUGCAUUAGUUGAGGUGGGACAUUGUGCUGUUGGAAUUGUGAGGACUUCUGUGAUUGUAACUGGGGUUCAAGUGUGUUCACGAAUUUUCAUGGUUUGGUUCGUCACCAACAGCAUCAGACAGAUUCAGAAUGAAGAGAGCGUAAUCCUGUUCCUGGUUGUGUGGACGAUGACAGAGCUCACCAGAUAUUCCUACUACACAUUCAACCUGCUCCACCACCUGCCGUUCUUCAUCAAAUGGGCCAGAUACAACUUCUUUAUCGUCUUGUACCCGCUGGGAGUCGUUGGAGAACUGCUUACCAUUUAUGCCGCUCUGCCGUUUGUACGCAGAUCUGGAAUGUACUCCAUGAGGCUCCCCAACAAAUAUAACGUGUCGUUUGACUACUACUACUUCCUCAUCAUCGUCAUGCUGUCCUAUAUUCCAUUGUUUCCUCAGCUCUACUUGCACAUGCUGCGGCAGAGGAGGAGAGUGCUCCACGGGGAAGUCAUAGUGGAGAAGGACGACUAGACGAGCCCCACCUCAUGCUUUUGUAUUAGACAGCCUGCCUCCACAUCACCCUCACCCCCGCUUCACCCCUCCCCCAUCCACAGUUCAACUUUCUGGCCGGUAACAUUCUUACAUACACGGGACCUGAAGAGCAGCUGACAACCUGUCUGAUGAGAACCACAACCAUCUGUGAUCAGAAACGACAACGAGCAAUCAUCAGCACYGAAUGCUAAUGAUGGAUUAGGAAAGUGGGAUUAACCCUUGUCUGAACGAGUAUUUGGCGAGAUGUUUACAGUCCUAAAAAAAAAAGGUGCUGGAGCUUGAGACAGAAGCCUGGCGUCUCGUCUCAGCACUCAGAGAUCCUGAUUCCUUUAUUCUCCCACCAGCUUUGCAGCGUCUGGUCGURCAGAACGAGAAAGAAACUGAGCCACACCACUGCACCACGAUGGAGAAACAUAGAAGGAAGAAUCGUAUGUCGUGUGCUCUGAUUUGUUUCCCUCGCCAGCCCACCAAAUUGGCAUAUUUUUCCACGAGAGAUUUCACACAUUGAUCGUAGUGGCUGCACAAACAAGGUUCAAAAACAAUCAAAAAUCAAUCCGUUUUAUCAUACCUCAACAAUAAAUUUAUAAUUAGACAACGUGCUGCUGCUUUUGUGUAUAUUUGUUUUACAUUUUGUGUAAAUGAUACAAUGUGAAAUGAGCGGUUAAUAGGAAGCGUAUCUCUUAAUCACAUACUGUCUCACUUAGAGCAAGCACAGCUCAAACUUAAGUCUUUGUCUGCUUGGCUCAGCUCCUGCAUUCUUUCAUGUUUUAUUGUUUACUGUGUCCAGGUCAUUCAUGAGUCUUGACAGAAGUCCAAGCCUCCUUUUAGAGGCAGGAAGGCUACAUUUGAAAUUUGUGACGGCUCUCGCAGUCAUCGGUCUUUGUCUCGUUUGUUUUUUAGAAUUUGGUGUCCAUACCCAUAGAAAAGUAGUUAGACUCCCUCCAAACCAAAGGUGCUAUUGUGAGAUCUUUUCAAUCUUUUGUGCAGCUGAAGGAAUGACUGAGCGGAGUUGACCUGAAGCAAGAAAGAAGGAUGUGAAAUGGCCGAGAGCAUUGCCAGUCAAUGAACUGCAUAGAGCAUGGUAAUCAGAGAGAAUCAACAGUUCUGCUUAAGAUCUGGGAGGAAACAAAAACAAAAA